UAUUGAUUGCAUCUCAGGAUCCCAUUAUAAAAAGCCUGAUAUAAAGACAAGAAACUCAUUGAAAUGCAAUGACAUUUGUUUAAUACUGGGAAUAGAAGAACGUUUUCUUUUCACCAAGAGAAAUGCUUACGUAUCUUCUUUUGUUAUUGCCGGCGAUGGCCUUCGCCCAGACUGUCAACUUGAAGCCUUACAAUCUGACAGCUACUUACAUGUUCAUUGCCAUUGAUAAAGAUUUGAAUGGCCAAGUUGACAGACAUGAGAUUGACCUAAAUUUCCUGGAUUUCGAUGGUGACCGCAAUGGACGGGUCAGCCGUACUGAAUACAUGAACUACGUCAUGCUUCAUGAGCCCCAACUCAAUCUGCUGCACGACUCCCUGUUUGACCUUUAUGACGUAGACAAUGACCACAUACUGGACAAACAUGAUUAUGAUAAUUUCUAUGCCUUGAUGGACGGUGACGGAAACGGUUUGGUCAGCCAUUUUGAAUAUGUCAGAUACUGGACUAUUCUCCUGACAGAUUUGGAACACUUGCAUAAUUUUGGAAAAAGUGCACAGGCUCCUGCUCAAUAGAAUCUGAGUCAAACUCAUGCUCGUAUCAAACCAAUGUAUUAAACACACACUGAUAUAGAUGCUACUUUUUAUAUAUGUGUUUUAUAUAUGUAUUGAUACAUUAAAUAUUGAUACAUUAAAGACGAUGACAUAAAUGUG